AUGGCGACACUCAAUGAGUUAAUCGCUAAAUUACGUGAAAUCUUCGCCGAUGACCAUGUAGACGUCAACGAAGUGAUGAGGGCCAUGGAAUCGUACAAGAGUAAUCCAUCAGACUGGAGACAGUUCGCCGUAUUCGAUGAGCAUAAAUACACGAGAAACCUUGUGGAUAUUGGUAAUGGAAAGUACAAUUUGAUGAUCCUCUGUUGGGGACCAGGAAUGGGGAGUAGCAUCCACGAUCACACUGAUGCCCAUUGUUUUGUAAAAAUUCUGGAUGGAGCGCUUACAGAAACGAAAUACGAGUGGCCUGACAAGGAUAAUCAGGAGGCUCCGAUGAAAAAAACUGAUGUGACCAGAUUUGAUGAGAAUGGAGUUUCGUACAUGAGCGACAAGCUUGGCUUACAUCGCAUGGAAAAUCCAAGCCAUUCGGAUUCCGCCGUCAGCCUACACCUCUACAUCCCACCCUAUGAGACCUGUAAUGCAUUCGAUGAGCGAACAGGAAAGAAGACAAAAUGUCAAGUGACGUUCUUCACAAAAUAUGGAAUGAAAGUGGACUACAAAGGAAACAAAUCGGGGACUUUAGUGGAUUAUGGAAGUACUGUAGUAAAUGCCCCAUCAAUGACAACUGACAUACGGAAUGUGACAUGA